AUGAGCUACUACAGCAGCUACUGCAGAGGCCUGGGCUACGGCUAUGGCUGUGGAUGCGGCAGUUUCCGAAGACUGGGCUACGGCUGUGGCUAUGGCAGCUACCAGUACGGUUCUGGUUAUGGAGGCUACGGAUAUGGCUGCUACCGUCCUUGUUACUAUGGGGGAUACUCGUCUUCUGGCUUCUACUGA